GAUCGACGAUUCGUCCUUGCGAGUUGUAACAGUUUUCAUUCCCCGCCAAAAAGGGCGACGUCAGAGGGAAAGAAAAAGUAAGGGAUAGUGAAAUAAAUCGAAUAAGUGAACGACAGACGAAGAUGAAGCAUACGUUAGGGGCCGAGGGAAAAGGGCAACAGAUGUCCUUCCGUAUGACGCAUGACUCGUUUAACCCUCGGAGAAAUAGUACCGUUUGCGUCUCUCUGCCUUGCGGAAGCAGUGCGUGUUACAAAAGGAAGCUAACCUCACCGUUGGAGAACGCUUGUUCGAAACCGGUUAUCGAGACGAAUGAUCGAAGAAUGAUGCUGAACCCCCAAAAUUCGACUGAUUUGAAAGAUUCGGUUGGUCUUCGUUGAAAGAAGGGAAGCGAAAUGUGCGAAAUAGUGAAGGGUCAACGCAGAGCGUUUCGCGACCAAGAUCCACCGCGAAUACGCGACAGAAGCGAGGAAAAUGUGAAAACCGAAAUUGAAUUCUCGAAAUCAACGCCGAAUUUACCGAUAGUCGCUCAAGGAGCAUCCAGUUUCGAGAAGUGUUCCAGCGAACCGGAAUUUUUAAAAAAAGACCGGGAAAAUCGAAAGAUGGAACGAGGAGAUUUGUCCAGCCAGGGAAGCACCUCGUCUGAUUCGAUUCGAGUUUCGGACAACGUGAAGGUAGUCGAGACUGUCGAUCAGCCUGAUGUUCCAAAUCGCAUGAGCAGCGAGCAUUUUCUCAAAGAACUCGCCGACAAAGUGCCUUCGUCGGGGCGCCAUGAUAACGAGGUGAUCACUAACGGUGUGAAGAACGAAACGGACAGCUGUGACGGCUUAACGAACGGCAAGAAGAUGGCACCAGUGCUGGGUGUUCCACCACCUCCCCCACCUGCCCCUCACAUGGGACCGGACGGUUUGAUCUUGCCCAGAAAACCGUACAACCCUUACCUCACAUCGAGCAAUCACAAAGAUCUUCGCAGAGAGUUGUUGUUCAAUCAGAAAGUAGGGAAGAACGUGCUGAAUCAGAAGAGCGAGCUGCAACGAGCGCUCGAGAAGCAAAGGGAGGCCGCGUCCAGGCGAGAGGCUGAAAAGAAUCGAGAGGAGAAUUAUAAAGACGAUCCGAGAACGGCGUUGCAAAGAGCCAUCGAGCAAAGAGCGAAGCACAUUGAGAUGACAUUGGAACAGUCGCAACCACCCAGCGAGCCAGCGAGCAAUCUGUUGGCGACGGCGAGAGCGAAGCUGAGACCGCGCACAGAUUCUCAGUGAAUUGUACAAACGAAGGAGAUACGAAGAAAAAAAAAGAAAAGACGCAGAGAAGAAGAUCGAUCGUGAAACGCGUAUGAGUAAUACCGUCGUGCGGGAGAGCAACGAUCGAAGCGUUGCGUCGCGACGCGAAGCUUUAUUGCGUUUUCUUACUUCACCCUGUACAUAUAUAUACGUAAUCUGAUAAGAGCUCGUUAGAAAGAGAAGAAGAUUAUACAAUAACUCGUCGCCGUAGAUGGAAACGUUGUAGAGAGAUCUGUCAAGUAAUGGAAAUGGAAAAAGAAUCUUGUCUGUCGAUAGAUAUCAUCUAGGGGCGUAUCUUUACCCUUUCGCUUCAAGCCUACGUGGAUGAGUCAUUCGAUGAAACAUACCGAAUAAUUGAAAUUAAUUUUUCUGUAAAUCAUCCUGACUUUUGUUUUCAAUUGGAACAUGGCAGGUGUGGGUUAUUUCCAAAAAAGGAACUUCAACCCUUUAAUUUUCAACAUUUUAAUUUUCUUUGAUCUACAUUUGUUCGUGUUGAGCCUUCGAUACAUGGUUGUAUCUUGUAGAGUCUUAGGUUUAAAAAAAUAGCGAAAGGGUUGAAGGUGAUACGCCUCGUAACUCGCGCGUCUUUCGUGUCAAAGUAGACGAUUGCCUUACUCUUCCAAAGUCGUCGCACGUUUACACGGGACGAUUCGUCGACUCGUUUUUAUAAAUGACAUUAGUGUUGUUAGAUAGUCUAGUUGUAAUGUUGUCGUCCACGAUUCGCGUGGAGCCAAUAUUCGUGCGUGUGCUCGAACAUGGCCUUUUCAAAUGGUAAUUCUAGGAAUCCUUGGCUCUAAACAUUGUCCGUCUGUGACAAAAGGUUUUAUUAAGGCCAUAGAUAUUCUUCGACCAACAUCUAUCGUGCCUACGCGAGUGUACAAUAUUUGAUACGAUAUUACGGUACACCGCGUCCUCGUUAUACUUCGUUUAUUCAACAAAGAAUGAACUGUCGAGGCUCGUGACAGACAGGCCUUCGUGAAACGCCUUCGAUGAAAACCUAGCUUAUCUAAUCAUCGACUCCUUUCAACAUCUUGUUACGUAAUAGAACUGUUUCACGGUAGAAACGAAUACCGGUAUUUAAUUAAUAAUUAACCCAGAAAUAGGAUGGAAAUGAAUGAGAUUCCGAGAAAAAUAAGAUAUAUAUAAAACGUAUAAGUGUCCUCCAUGGUUAUCAUCGUGCCUGAAUUUGUAUACAAAGACUAGACCUAAAUAAUACCAAGUACAGAUCAUUUUGUCACAAUAGAUUGAAUCGGUAGAAUCGGGUACCCUGGGACCAUUAAACUCGGUAACGACUAGCGACUGAACAGAGAGACGAGUUCGAUAGGUUGAUGUAGCAGCAUUUAUUAUAUUCCAGUGUUCAAUAAUUCAGGAGAAAAUAAAACAUGAGUUGUUA